GAGUUUGUAGACUAUCUAGGGCACUAGAUGUGUAAAAGACCUGCGUUUGGGUGCGAGCCGUGUUAGUUUUUGACACCACCCAAUUCGUGGAGUGGUGGAGCAGCUUUCUGGGGGAGAUGUUUGAAUUGUCAACUUUGGAGAGGCUUUGAGGUGGAAAACAUGGCGUCCAAAGUCCUGUAUUCGGUUCGAGGUCCAGUCCCGAGGAAAAGGGACGAUUUCGAGGACGUCCUCGAGGAGAGACGGAAGUCCAGCGACCUCAGAUACGCCCUGAAGUGCUACACGCCCGCCGUCUACAGGAACCUGGUGCCCUGUAAAGCUGGAGUCCUGAAGACCCUCGUCCUCCAGUCCGAGGCGGUGAGAUACGUCAUCGAGCAGGUGGCGGCGGAGACCGGUGAGACUUGGGAGGCAGUGCAGGACGAGGCGUCUCAGGUCCUGGAGGAGAUGGCCCACCGUCAGCAGCUCAGCACCAUCCGAUUCUUCGCCUUCACCCUUAGCAAAGCCUUCAAAGCGCUGUACCGGAGCGUCCGCGUCAACGAGGACGGCGUCCAGAGACUCCAGCAGGCCAUUCAGGAGCAUCCAGUGGUGCUUCUGCCCAGUCACCGCAGCUACAUGGACUUCCUGAUGAUGUCCUACCUCCUGUUCACCUACGACCUGGCUCUGCCCGUCAUCGCCGCAGGAAUGGAUUUUAUGAGCAUGAAGUUUGUUGGAGAGAUGUUACGCAUGUCAGGAGCGUUCUUUAUCCGCCGUUCAUUCGGAGGAGAUAAACUCUACUGGGCUGUUUUCUCCGAAUACGUGAAGACCAUGCUGAGGAACGGUUACGCACCGCUUGAGUUCUUCCUCGAAGGAACCAGGAGCCGAACGGCAAAGUCGCUCACGCCAAAGACAGGUCUGCUGAAUAUCGCCAUGGAGCCGUUUUUCAAAGGUGAAGUCUUUGAUGUCAACCUGGUUCCAGUGAGUAUAAGCUAUGAGAGGAUCCUGGAAGAGUCCCUGUAUGCACGUGAACUGCUCGGUGUUCCCAAACCCAAAGAAUCCACGUCCGGUCUGCUGAAAGCCAGAAGGAUUCUCAGUGAAGACUUUGGGACGAUGCACGUGUACUUUGGCGCUCCAGUGUCUGUCCGGAGCCUAUCACAGGGCCACAUCGGCCGCUCCCAGUACAACCUGGUGCCUAGACACAUUCCUCAGAGGCCAGCAGCAGACACUCAGGCAUUUGUGAACGACGUAGCGUUUCACCUGGUGCGCCUGCAGGAGGAGAACAUGGUUCUCAAGCCGUGGGCGCUGAUCUCCACGCUGCUCCUUCAGAACCCCAAUGGCAUGGAACUCUCCACCCUCAUCCAGCAGGCAGACUGGCUCCGGGGCCUGGCCCUCAGCUUUGGGGCCUUCCUGGACUGGCCAGUAGGUGAAAUGGUCAGUAAGGUGAUCAGCUCCAGUCUGGCAGUACACAGGAACUUGGUUUGUGUGUCGGGGGGGCGGGUGCGACUGCUUGUCCCCGAGGUGUCGGGGGCGGAGUGUGGUGCGGAGGAGGCGGAGUUUAACCGGGCGGUCAGCGUGCUUUCCUGCGCGUCCUACAGGAACCAGGCGCUGCACAUCUUCGUGAGACCGGCUCUCCUCGCCGUGUCCAUGAGGAGCACUGAGUCCUGCAGGAGAGAUGAGAUCUACAACUGCUUUAACAUCCUGAGAAACAUUUUCUCCAACGAGUUUAUCCUCUGCCCCGGAGCUUCAGUGCAGGACUUUGAGGAAGCAUGUCACUUGCUGGUGAAGUGCGGUGCACUUCGGGAGCUGCAGCAGGAAGUUGUGAUGUCAUCGAGCGGCCAGACGACGUUGUCCUUCCUGUGUUCGCUUCUCGAGCCGUUCCUGCAGAGCUACCAGGUGGUGUGUCGGUAUCUGUGUGAGGACACGCAGGAGGACCUGCCCGAGAAGAACUUUGUUCCCGCUGUGAGGAACUUUGCUCUCCGGCUCAUUCUGGCAGGAAGUCUGAGUUGUUAUGAAGCUUUAUCAUCCGACUUACAGAAGAACGCCCUCGCUGCACUCGUCCGCCUGAACGCUGUCAAACAGAUCAAAAAUGAUCAGGUGAUCCUGAAGAUCAACAAGACUGCCGUCAACUCCUUGGAGGACACUCUGGGGGGUAAAAUUCCCACCCAGAAGCCGGUCCUUGCUCGUCUGUGAGCACCCAACACAAACACACACACACACACACACACACACACACACACACACACAGCCUCCAUUAGCAUGGUUUUUUGCGUCACGGCUUUGCUGACUACAAGGACUGUUUGUCACCGAGUUUCAAGGAGCCAUAACCAUCUGGGACACACACACACACACACACACACACACACACACACAGUCUUGGUGUUCGCAUCCUGCUGUGUGAUUAACGCUUCCGUUUUUAACACUUUUGCACACUUAAUUUUUUUUUUCUCGCAGCAGCAUCAGGUGCUUUAUUAAUACUUUAUUUAUUCAUUUUUGAGAUCGAAGUGUGUGUGUGUCUGUGUGUGUGUGUGUGUGUGUGUGUGUGUGUGUGUAUAUAUAAUAUACAAUUAAUUUGCAAUAAAAGUGCCAACAAAUCAGUA